AUGGCUGUCUCAACUUUCUCCCUAACUACUUUUCUCAUCUCCAUCCACGCCGCAAUCUUUUUCGGCCGCGCCGCCGCCGGAAAUUCGAACCUCUUCCGCGAAUACAUCGGCGCCGAAUUCAACAACGUCAAGUUCUCCGACGUCCCCAUAAACUCAAACGUCGAGUUCCACUUCAUCCUCUCCUUCGCCAUCGACUACACCUCUUCUUCCUCUGCCUCCCCGACCAACGGCAAGUUCAACAUCUUUUGGGACACAGACAACCUCACCCCCGACGACGUCUCCGCCAUAAAAAGACAACACUCGAACGUUAAGGUCGCGCUUAGCUUAGGUGGCGACAGCGUCGGCGACGGCUUCGCAUACUUCAACCCCUCCUCAAUCGACUCAUGGGUCUCCAACGCGGUCUCUUCUCUAACCAACAUAAUCCAAGAAUACAACCUCGAUGGGAUCGACAUUGACUACGAGCAUUUCCAGGCCGAUCCAAAAACCUUCGCCGAGUGCGUAGGAAGGCUUAUAUCGACCCUCAAGAACAACGGCGUGAUUUCUUUCGCAUCCAUCGCCCCGUUCGAUGACGAUCAAGUUCAGAGCCAUUACAUGGCUCUGUGGAAAGGCUACGGGCAUCUCAUCGACUAUGUGAACUUCCAAUUCUACGCUUACGAUAAGGGGACGAGUGUUUCGGAGUUUUUGGACUACUUUGCGACACAGAGCUCGAACUAUGCCGGCGGCAAGGUUCUGCCGAGCUUUAUAAGCGACGGCAGCGGCGGAUUAGGACCGGAAAAUGGAUUCUUUACGGCGUGUAGUAAGCUGAAGAGUGAUGGGAAUCUUCAUGGGAUCUUUGUGUGGAGUGCUGAUGAUUCUAAAGGGUUGGGAUUUAAGUAUGAGAAGCAGUCACAAUCUCUUGUUGCAAUAUCCCAUUGA